AUGUCGUACACCGUCGUGGAAACCAAGGCCGACCUCGGAGAGAAGCUGAGCUCCGCAGGGGAUCAACUUGUGGUCAUCGAUUUUGGAGCUGUGUGGUGCGGUCCCUGCAAAGACUGCGAGCCGACCUUCAAGCGCUUGGCGGAUAAGUACUCGGGUGAGGUCAUGUUUCUCAAAGUUGAUGUCGACGAUAAUGACGAAGCGGCGGCAGAAUAUGACAUUUCGAAUCUGCCGACUUUCCUCUUCAUACGCGGGGGUCAAGUCCUGCAGCGCCUGACUGGAUUCAUGACUUAUGAUAAGUUGCACGAAGCCGUUGAGGCGCACAAAUAG